GCUGGGUAUUGUUUACGUGUUUUUGCCUGCAGACUUUUGUUUUAUUUGGAAAAUAUGUCAUCCUGGAUCACAGGACUGGCGGACAAGGCCGAGAACAUUCUGAACAAGCUGGACCAAAAUGCGGCAACGGCCCUGCAGACAGACAGCCCCACCGGAGGAGCAGGAGCAGGAGCAGCAGCGGUGGAUCCCAUGCGCAGGAGCAUGACCAGCAGCACCCAGUCAUUGUCCCUAAAGUCCACUUUGUCGCCAGCGAGGCGUUCGGGCGCCAAUAGCUCGUCCAGUGUGAAAAGCGAGGGCGGCGGCUCCGUGGUCACCAAGGAGAUGCGCCAGAAGAUGACCACGUCGGCCAGUUUCUCCCACAAUUCCGAGGCCGGUCUCUCCGACACCCACGAACUGGCUGCCUUUAAGAUCGCCUUGAAUGAAAUCACAGCCGAGCGGGAUGAACUGCGUCUGCGGCUAGAGGAACUCAACAACGAGUCCGAGAAGUUUGAUCUGCAUCAGCACAGCCAAAUGUUGGAGGUUCUGGUCAAAACACUCUCCGAGGAGCGGGACAAGGCGGUCCACGACCACAAUGAGGCUCAGAGCGCCAACAUGGCGUAUGUGCACUCCAUUUCCGAACUGGAAACCAAUCUGGCCAAACUGCAGCAGGAUUACCUGAGCACCGCCCACAAAUUGCAGAUGCAAACCAAGGAAACGGAUCAGCAGCGCCAGGAACUGCAGGAGUACCGAGUCAAGGCUCAGCGGGCACUGCAGGCCAAGGAUUCCCUCAUCGCAGAGUUGAAAGCCAGGCCCCAGGGAGAUGAGGGCUCAGAUCCCAACCUCCUAACCAAGGACAGCGAAACGCGUUUCCUGCAAAUCGAACAGGAAUCACUCAAACAAGAACUAGAACAUGCCAACGAGGAGCUGCAAAAGGCGCGCCUGCAGCUGGAGGAUUACCUCUCCCAGGAGAGACAGCGCCAGCUGGAGCUGAGCUCGGCCCGCCAGCGGGAGGAGUCGCUGGCCAAGGAGUUGCGACAGGCACGCGAGCACAGUGUGACCUCCGAGUCCGAUCAAAGAGUGCUCACCCAGGAGUUGGCCUCACUGCGUCAGCAGCUCAGCAACCAGAUGGCCGCCUCCGCCACUCGCCUCCAGGAGCGGGAGCAGCAGCUGCAGCAGAUGCGCCAGCGGCUCAGCGAGGAGGCCAAUACGGGAGCCAAAAAUGAUUACGAGACGCGGCUGAAGGCUCUAACCCAAUCGCUGGUCGAAAGGCAGACGCUUUUGGAAAGGGUAACAAGUGAAAGGAAUGCCCUGCGUUUGCAGCACGAGAAGGCACAGACGCAGCUGCAGCAGAACAUGCACUUGGUGGAGAUGGAGAGCCAAAGGGGCAGCUCCCGUCAUGCUUUGCGCAACAGCACAGAUGAUGUUAAAGCACAAUUCCCGCUGCUCAUGCAUCCCAGUCCCUUCGACAAUCGUGUGGCCCGUCGCUUCAAGCGAGCUCUUCGCCAGGCCGACUCCAUGGGCAUCCGGGUGGGCGCCUUUCUGCGUCGCUAUCCCAUGAUGCGGGUCUCUGUGAUCGUCUACGUGGCUCUGCUGCAUCUGUGGGUCAUGUUUGUGCUGCUCUCCACCACGCCAAACUAAUCGUGCUUCGAAUCGAAUUGAGCAAUUUGUUUUAUUUUUAAAUAUCGUAUGUAUUGUAUUUUACACGCCAAAAUUGGUUAUCUAGGAGUACGAGUAUAUGUGUGUCAUGUUUGUGGUUGCAACAAUUGUAUAUAUCGUUAGUAUACUGGUGUCUCGCACUCGUUCUAAAUUCAAUAUUCAAUAAACAUCAACUAUGUACAGAAAUUGCAAUUGGUUUAACGCUAAAAACAUCAAGCAAACAAGUAACAAGACCGAAAAUAUUCGCACUACUAAGUUAGGAUAUAAGAACGAUUGAUUCCUCACAGUUAAAAUAUUGCAUAAAGAAUCCAACUACAGAGA